AAAUAGGUAUAAGUUUGGCAUCAUUUUUUUGCUUCUCCGAAAAGUGAAAGUUGGAACUUUUCUUUUGAAAAUGACGGAAGUUAUGGAAGCUCUCAGCCCCAGUAUUUCGACAGAAGGGGGGCUGGAUUCAAUAGACGGGGGUGAUACAUCUUGCUGUAAAAUCACAGCCCUCCCUAAUCCAGUGGCUUUCGACAGUGGACUGAUCGGCCUGCCUGACUAUGCUGCUAAAAGACUUAUUCAGAGGAAGAGGCGUGGCGCGAAUGAUCAACAGCAAAACCGAGUGAGUGGAAUGAGUGGAGUGACCUCAGUAGCCUCCAGUGUCACCAACCUGGAGAGCAUCGCAUCCAGCCACGAACAGGAGCAACAAAACAAAAUGGUUCAGUUCGUCGACGAAUUCUCCUCGCCUUUCUCUUUCUUCCCACAAAACGGGUUCUCCUUCUUCAGCUUCACAUGCGAAAAAGACAAGUCGCCCGCGCCUUCCAACACAUUAACUAAUAAACAAUCAGAAGGGAGUGGAAACAAUGGGGAAGUGAAAGAGUCGAAAAAUGAGGGGGACGAAGAGAGGGUUGUGAAGUUAUCGGAUAUGAAAAAAAGAGUUAUCGAGGAGGCCAGGAAUCGAAAGCAGGACCCUGUCGCUUGGGAAGAUGUGAAGAAACGGGUGAGCAGACCAGCCCUGAGAGCCCAGAGCAGACUGAACAUCCACUUAGUGUCUCCUUCCUCUGCCCACUCCCACACUAGUCUGAACCACUCCAACUCCACUUCCUCUUCUCCUGCUCUGAGCAGACAUCCCAAUAGUUUGAGUGUGGCGCCACAACAGAUGACAACAGCGGGGGGCAAUGGUGGAAAAACGUCUCCGAUGUUGAGGGCUAGAUUGUCAACUGCAAGUACCAUUGUGUCCAAAACAGCAUCAAUAGAAGCGUCAAGCAGCAUCUCGACUAAUUCCUCGGCAUCUUUUAAGUCACAGAAGCCACUUCUAUCGGGUAAACAACUCAAAGACAAAACGAGCAUGCUUAACGAAAGCAACGAAAGGUCUCCGAUUAGGCUGAAUAACAAAGGGUCGGCUAAGUGUGAUUCGGCUUUGACACUUACAAGUGACAUUGAAACUGAUCAUGAUUCAACUGGAGCAACUAGCUUUCAUCCGAUUGUAAAAUUAGCAGAAUCAGCAAAUAUCGAGAAGCCUGAAAUUCCAAUGGUGCAAUCUAACGACGUUACUAUCGCAGAAGAAACUGGAACAUGCACUAGUAGUAAUAGUGUUACUGAUGAACAAGUUAGUAAAGUAUCGUCUGGUAAUAAUGAAACUAUUGCUCCUCAAUUGACGAUUUCAGAAGAGCUGGGUGAACAGAAAGUGGGAGGUGCCACAAGUUUCGAGUUUCUCCUCGAUUGGUGAAAAAACGAGUGUCGUCCUUGAAAAAACGAGUUCGAUUUAUUGAAUGUUUAUGAGUUCGUUCAAAUGAAAAGUUUGCAUUAUUUCAUUUGCACUGUGCAGUUAACUUUUUUCGUAUCCAUUCAUGCCAGUUUCCUAAUUUAUUUUCAAUGAUAUUUAUUACACAAAUUUCCCCCAGGUGCUCAUUUCAUGCCGGGUGUUACUGUUUUGUAGAAAAACCAUAAUCGACAAAUUAAAUUA